CAAUUUGUGAUGUCCGAAGAUGAUACCCAAGCACAGCAGCAACCAUCAAACUUGAACCGUGUUCCUUACGAUCCGUGCAAUGAAAAAGAAAACGGCGAGACUCUGGGGCAGCUCACCGCUACAUAAAGUUUGCAGCCGUCGUUCGCCAUCGUGAACGUAGAAAGAGAGAAUAAGGGCGGUAACAAAAUAUCUGAAGUAGGGAAUUAGUCAUCAUGUUGCGAGUAUCUGCAUUCACAGCGUUAAUGCUUCUCGGCCUCGGCCAUGGCUCCCAGGCCUUCCAACCGAUUCGGUCYACAACAAAGCGAACCGUCGCCAUGAGGAGUUCGCGCCCCGAUGUUAGCGAGUUUGAUUUUAUCCUGGGAGAAAACGAUUCGUCUCAGCARCAGCAAUCGAUUGUUCGAUCGCGACGCAAAAUCCAGUUGUCUGGCGACGAUGCCCGUAGUGAUCGUGUGACUGUAUUGGCUAGUAGCACAUUUGCCGCACCUGGUUUGGAGGAAGAAGUCGCUGGAGUCGAGGAAGAAGCCGAUCCUUACGCCGACAUGCUUGAAGAGAGCUCGACUAUUGCACGAUACGAACAAAAGGAGGAAGAUUUAUCUUUCAUUGAAAGAACUUCAAACAAACUCAAAGAAAUGGAUAUGCAAGACGUAAUUUCAACGUUGAUCGUUCCUUCGAUCUUUGUUGCAGCUGGUGUUAGGUGGGGCGUUACGAAGGCGUCAGGGAAAGUCUCUGAUCAGGCUGAUGGCUCUUUAGAAGAUUUUGCCAACGAAAUGGUUUACCAUGAUGGAGACUUCGAAGAAAUGAAACUUUGCGUAAAUGCUUACAAUAAAAAGUUGAUGUGGCUUGGACCCAACAAGUCCAAGACGAUGCUCAAAAAAUACCUCAAGCUCUAUUGCAAGAAAAGAAUUGUSAGCCCUCAAGCUAUCAGGUGAGUGCUUUGAUACUAAUUAUGUCAACUUAUUCAAAUCAAAAAAAURUGUUUAAACGGGAUUUGAAAUCAUGCACCUUUUCGARAAGUCGGGCUUACUCAUCUAUKCGUGAACUUYYCCCAUUUUUCGWAUUUCAGUUCUCUUUCGUAUGUUUUCAGUCUGUUCAAGUUGUCWGAAGAUAAAGCGGCGGCAAUCAUGGUGUCACUCUGCGAAGAUAUGGGAGUCGACGGACUCAGUACUGCACAGAAAUUGCUUUUCUUCGGAACGAGAAUCUUGAAAAGUGCCGAAGGAAAAGCUGCCCUAGAUCCAAUCCGCGAAAUUCUCAYGAGCUCUUACCGGGGGGAGGGAAUGGUUGCUGAAUCAAUGGUAGAAACAUCCCAAACAGCAAUGGCAGAAAACGCUUACAAAACUGCCGUWGUAAAUGGAGGAAAAGAUCAGACAAGUCUGACGGUUGGAUGGGAAGUUCUGGGGCUUGACAAGGAAGAAGCCAUGCGCAUCUUUGAGGAAGAGGCUGAAGCAGGCUUUAUUUCUGAGCGAGAAAAGUUGUACGGAGGGCAAUCACAAAAGUAUGACGACAAAGGAAACARAAUCGACGAUGAUGGUAAUCUCGAAGAUCCCGAAAACGCUAUCGGUGCCGAUGAACCCGAAAAGCCAGCGAGCAAUGUAAUGGAAUGUACAGAGUGUAGUUACACAUUAUUCAUUGCGAAGGGAAGAGAAGCGAAAUUUUUCGGUGAUAACUUCAAGUGCCCUGAAUGCGGAGCCGACAAAGACAAAUUUGAACCAAAAGACAUGAGUGACUAAGUAUCGAUUGUUGUUAGUAAAAUUAUAAAAUGCUA